AUGGCGGCGCUCAUUCCCCACAGCCAGCAGCUUUCCACUGGGAAUCCGUUGUAUGAGACUUAUUACAAACAGGUAGAUCCAACAUAUACAGGGAGAGUUGGGGCUAGUGAAGCUGCACUGUUCCUUAAAAAAUCAGGUCUUCCAGACAUUAUCCUUGGAAAAAUAUGGGAUUUGGCUGACCCAGAGGGUAAAGGGUACUUGGAUAAACAGGGUUUCUAUGUUGCAUUGCGACUCGUAGCAUGUGCACAGAAUGGCCAUGAUGUUAACUUGAGCAAUCUAAACUUGACUAUACCACCUCCUAAAUUUCAUGACACUAACAGUCCCUUAUUGAUCACACCUCCUUCAACAGAGGCUCACUGGGCCGUUAGGGUGGAAGAAAAAGCAAAAUUUGAUGGUAUUUUUGAAAGCCUUUUGCCAGUAAACGGUUUACUUUCAGGAGACAAAGUAAAACCAGUACUGAUGAACUCAAAGCUACCUCUUGAUAUCCUAGGAAGGGUCUGGGAUCUCAGUGAUAUUGACAAAGAUGGACACCUGGACAAAGAUGAAUUUGCUGUGGCAAUGCAUUUGGUAUAUAGAGCUCUUGAGAAGGAGCCAGUUCCCUCAGUAUUACCCCCCCCACUUAUACCACCUUCCAAAAGAAAGAAGACGCCAGUUUUUCCUGGUGCAGUUCCUGUUCUUCCUGCAAGUCCUCCACCUAAAGAUAGCCUUCGUUCUACCCCAUCCCAUGGUAGUGUAAACAGCCUGAAUAGCACAGGAAGUUUGUCACCCAAACACAGCAUCAAGCAAACACAGCCAUCUGUGAAUUGGGUGGUACCAAUGUCUGAUAAGGUGCGAUACGAUGAAAUUUUCUUAAAAACCGAUAUGGACAUGGAUGGCUAUGUGAGCGGCCAAGAAGUGAAGGAUAUUUUUAUACACUCAGGCCUGUCUCAGAAUCUUCUAGCACAUAUAUGGGCAUUGGCAGACACAAGACAGAUGGGAAAGCUAAGCAAAGAUCAGUUUGCACUAGCCAUGUAUUUCAUUCAACAGAAGGUCAGUAAAGGGAUUGAUCCUCCGCAGGUGUUGUCCCCAGAUAUGAUCCCUCCUGCAGAGAGGAAUACUCCCAUACAAACUCUGUCAGGUUACUUGACCCCUGUAGGAACUGAGAUCUCAGCGCUAACAGAAAUGCGUCGUGAUAGUUCAAGUUCUGUCGGAUCAGGAGAAUUUACAGGCGUGAAAGAACUCGAUGAUAUUAGUCAAGAGAUUGCACAUCUGCAGAGAGAAAAGUAUUCACUAGAACAGGACAUUAGAGAAAAGGAGGACUCAAUUAGACAGAAAACCAAUGAAGUUCAGGAGCUGCAAAAUGAUUUAGACAGAGAAACAAGUAACUUGCAAGAGCUGGAAGCUCAGAAACAAGAUGCUCAAGACCGUCUAGAUGAAAUGGACCAGCAGAAAGCCAAACUGAAAGAUAUGCUAAAUGAUGUGAGGCAGAAAUGUGAGGAAGAAACACAGAUGAUUUCAUCCUUGAAAAUGGAGAUUCAGUCUCAGGAAUCAGAUUUAAAAUCACAGGAAGAUGAUCUGAAUAGAGCAAAAGCAGAGCUGAAUCGUCUCCAGCAAGAAGAGACUCAGCUAGAACAGAGUAUCCAAGCAGGAAAAGUGCAACUUGAAACAAUAAUUAAAUCUUUAAAAUCAACACAGGAAGAAAUUAAUCAGGCAAGAAGUAAACUUUCUCAACUUCAAGAGAAUCACCAGGAAAUCAGUAAAAGUAUUGAACAAAAUAAUGAAGCUCUGAAUGGGAUUCAUGGUGGUAGUAUGACGAAUUUAGCGGACAUAAGUGAAGGAAUUGCACAGAAAGAAAGAGGCAAUUUUGGAGCUAUGGAUGAUCCCUUCAAGAAUAAAGCUUUAUUGUUUAGUAAUAAUACACAAGAAUUGCAUACAGACCCAUUCCAGGCCGAAGAUCCAUUCAGAUCUGAUCCUUUUAAAGGAGCAGACCCUUUCAAAGGCAAUGAUCCAUUCCAGAAUGAUCCUUUUUCAGAACAACCACCUGCUUCAACAGACCCAUUUGGAGGGGAUCCAUUUAAAGAAAGUGACCCAUUUCGUAGUUCUGUCUCUGAGGAUUUUUUUAAGAAACAGGUGAAGAAUGAUCCAUUUACCUCAGAUCCAUUCACAAAAAAACCCACACUGCCCUCAAAGCCUGACCCCUUUGACAGUCGCGAUCCUUUCACAUCUUCAAGUAUCUCUUCAAAAGGCCCAGAUCCUUUUGGAACGUUAGACCCGUUUGGAAGUGGUGCCUUCAGUAGCAAUGAGGGCUUUGCAGAUUUUAGCCAGAUGUCAAAGCACACAGCUUCAGACCCUUUCACCUCCUCUUUUGGAGGGAUGGGAUUCUCAGAUGACCCUUUUAAAAGUAAGCCAGACACUCCAGCUCUCCCACCGAAGAAAAAUGUUCCUCCACGACCCAAGCCACCUAGUGGUAAAAGUACUCCUGUAAACCAGCUCGGGUCUGCAGAUUUUACCAAGCCCCAUGAUCCAUUCCAGCCAUUUGGGGCUGAAAGCAGUGACCCGUUUCAAACUAAAAAGGGGUUUGGGGACCCGUUUAGUGGAAAAGAUCCAUUUGCUCCCUCCUCUUCAAGUAAAACUUCUAAAGACUCUUCCUUGGGGUUUGCAGACUUCAGCUCUUUUGGAAAUGAGGAGCAGCAGCUGGCCUGGGCAAAGCGAGAGAGUGAGAAAGCAGAGCAGGAGAGGCUGGCUCGAUUGCGAAGACAAGAACAGGAAGACCUUGAAUUGGCUAUUGCACUUAGUAAGGCUGAUAUGCCAGACUCUUAAAUACAGUCUUUGGGCUCCAUCCAAUCCAAGUCAAACCCUUUAAAAAAAAGGUUUUGUAAAAUUCUUGGUUUAUGUUGUGAAGUAAUUGUAGUCACCUUUAAGUCAAAGCAUAACAAGAUUGGCUGGUUAUAUCAAACUGGGCUUUCCAUGGCUUUUCAAGUACAUAAUGCACAGGAAACACUCUGUAAAAAUUGUAUUAUACUUCCUAGAUAAAAGUUACUGCUUGUAAGAAAUUUAAUGUAUGACCCUAAGGUACUGAAAGCAAAGUUUCUUUAUAAUGCAGACAGUGAUUGCAUACAAUAAGCUGCAAUUGUGAAUCUGGCUUUUAUUACCUGAAUUCCAUUGUCAUUGUUUUGAGGCUGCAGUAUGAAUAAUAAAAUUAUAGAAAAUGACACUUGUAAAAAAAAAAAAAAAAAAAAAGUUAUGUUUAUAAAAUUAUCACUUAGCUUUCAGUUCUUUUUGUUACAUUUAUUUAAUUUCUCAUAGUAGGCCAAUGACCACCUAGCUCAAAGACUUGAGGGCAAAUUCUUUCCUAGAUGUUCCCCUUUCAUCAGUGAGAUACGGCUUAUCUUAUGAAAGAAACUCUGAUUAUUUAUAUAUUAGAUGCAUAGUGACACAACUCAUGUAGAGUCAAUCAUAUUUUGAAUUCAAAGCCUAUGAGAAUUAAUAGCUUUUUAUUAUUUAAACAUGAUUAUUUGCAUAAGAGUUUUUUAAUAUUUGUACAUGGUGGUAUUAAAAGGAGUGAUCCUGAUAUAGUAAAUUAGACAAAUUAUAGUAAAUUAGACAAAUGAUGACUCAGUUCUAAAUCAUGGGAUAAAAUACAAAUUAAUUCCAUGAAUGAGCAUUAAGACAGGAAUUAUCGCGUUUGAGGCUUUUUCUACAUAAUGUUGAAUAAUUUCAUACUUUUUAAAUUUUAAUUUUGAACUGUAAUCUUCCCUGCAACCGUAUUUUCCCUUCAUUUGCUCUAACAGGCAGAAUAUAGGGCUGCUAUUUGUAUUAUCCAAUUGACUAUGUUACAAUCUCUACCUCGGAAGUGAUUAAGUGUGUGGUCUUAUUUUUAAAUAUUCUGGUUGAUGAUUAAUCUCACUGCCCUUCAUUUAAAGUUAUACAACAGUUGUAUAGACUAGAAAGUUUUUUAUUUUAAACUAGCCCAAGUUCACACAGAUUUCAUUUGCCAGAUAGAUAGAAUAAAUGGAUAUUCAUGCAAAAGUUACAGCAAUAUUUGUAGAACAGAUAGGCU